AUGCCCGACCCAACAACAUCGCUGACAACUCUCGAUGUACUGUUCAACAAUCCUGUUUUCGCCGGAGGCAUCGGUCUUGCAGGACUUGGGGCUUCUGCCGCCAUAGGACGACGUUUCAUGAUACUAGGAGCUUCCACCAUCAAACGACGUCUUUUGGUGAAUCUCGAAAUCAGUAAAGAGGACCCAUCAUAUCAAUGGAUCUUAGCAUGGCUAUGUCUCCCUCGACCACCUGGAGGGUUUAUCGCAUCGAGAAUUACCCGUGUUCAUGAUUAUUCUAUGCGGACGACCGGUGAACAAUUAGAAGGUGGUCCAUCAUCUGCGACAUUUCUUGCGCAACCAGGAUAUGGCAAACAUAUUGUCCAGCAUAAGAAUGCGUUUAUACUAGUUCAGCGAGAGAAGCAAAGCAGUCAUAAUAUGAAUACUGGUGUACCGCAUGAGACGAUUACUCUACGAACAUUAUACGCGCAUCGACAUAUAUUCGCAGAUAUAUUUGCAGAAGCACAUCAAUUAGCUGCGACGCAGCGCGAAGGAAAAACGGUAGUUUACAAGAGUUCAGGAAUGGAAUGGAGACAAUUUGGGGAUGCGCGACGGAAACGACCACUGAGCUCUGUGAUCUUAGACGAAGGAGUCAAGGAACGAAUUCUGGAUGAUGUGACGGAUUUCCUUGGGCGGCAGCAAUGGUAUGUGGAUCGAGGAAUACCUUACCGAAGAGGUUACCUCCUGUAUGGUCCACCUGGGAGUGGAAAAACCUCAUUCAUACAGGCCUUAGCUGGGGAACUGAAUUUUGGGGUCGCAAUGAUAAAUCUGGGCGAGCGGGGAAUGACAGACGACAAAUUGGUCCAUUUCCUCACCAAGUUACCUCCGAGAACCUUUGUAUUGCUGGAAGAUGCAGAUGCAGCUUUUGUGAAUAGAAGACAGGUGGAUUCCGAUGGAUACUCAGGCGCGACUGUUACAUUUUCGGGAUUGUUAAAUGCACUGGAUGGGGUGGCAGCUGGCGAAGAAAGAAUUGCUUUUCUUACUACAAAUCAUAUUGAUCGACUGGACGCGGCUCUGAUUCGACCUGGUCGGGUCGAUAUGAUAGAAAGAAUUGGCGAAGCUACGAGAUACCAAGCUGGAGAGAUGUGGGAUAGAUUCUAUGGUGACAUUGACAAAGAUGGAAAUGGAAAAAAGCGAUUUUUGGAAAAGCUAGAAAGUUUGGGCCUUGUUGCCAAUGAAGAAGGUAAAACGAUUGAGCCGGAGCUUCACACAAGUAUGGCUGCUAUACAGGGACUUUUUGUGUUCAACAAAGAUAGCAUGGAAGGAGCCAUUGAUAUGGUUGAAGGAUUGAUACCGAGAAUCUACGAGCCCCAUACCCUUGAGAAUGGGAUCAAGGUAACGGCCUGA